CGUGAGUGGCUGAGUGACUCGUACUCCGACGCUCCCUCGCCCGACCAGUGACUUUAGUUUUUCUUCUCUCUUCACCUAAAUCUUCCUUCUUUCUUUCUCGAUCUACCGCAGACACACAGUAAGGGGCCUAGUCUGAGCUGCACAGGUGUGUUAAAAAGUGCGGUUUUCUUCCUCGUCGCGCUACGCUGGUGUUGUAAGUGUCGCACAAAGUUAUGGAUGUAGAAACAGUUCCGUGAUUGUUAACAAGAAGUCUGUUUGAUUAUCGCUUGUAAAUAUUCCUUGAGGGGAAGUGAAGACAUGGUUUAUGUGGAUUAAAAAAAAGAAGUGUGGAUUUCUCGAUUACCUGUACCUUUUUCAUCACAACACGAAUGAUUGAACGUGUGCGAAACAUUUAAAACUGAAAGCAAGUGAUAUCCAGACCAGCCAGGUGAUUUAGACAACAUUUCACCACAACACCAAGCCCUCGCAACUCUGCCGUGCAUGCCAACCUGCACCGGAGCGACCUGCGUGCAUGCAUGAGUACCUGACGCCAGGGAGUCCUGCACGCCACCACGAUGCCCUGGCGCGCCCCACACUGAGUCACCCCUCGUCCUCCACUGACGGUGCGUGUGUCGCUGUUGCUCGCCUGCCCAUUUUGUGGUGCACCUUGCCAGCCAUGUCCAGUGUCGGCGGUGGGCACUGAGAACGGUGCGGCGGAGGUGGAACAUGAAUGUGGGCGAUUUGGUGUCCAGAAUCACUAAUGAAGACCAGAAUAGCGAACCGUGUGACCCCCUUGUGGUGUGGGUGAGAGUAACUAAAGGUGGUAGUGAUGGUAGUUAUGGCGGUGACGAUGGUUGUUGCACUGUGUGGAAAAAUGCACAUCUUAGACAAGGCCCGAGAGCUCUUUGGUCUUCUAAAAAGAGUCGGUGUUGUUGGUGCGCUGUGCUUUCAGGCCUCGAUGGGUGCGAGACACUGCUGGACGUGUGUGGCCAUAGCGAAGCGGACAGGCAAGCCUGGGACAGUGCACCAGCUUCGCCUUGUCCCGCCCUUCCCCCUCAGGCGUGCCGGCGCCGUGCCUUGACUAAUGUUCCAUGUGAAAAUGGUUACACUUGGACCUAUACUUUAGCUUUUUCAUUACUAGAGGAUGCCAAAGAAUCUUAUUUUGACGUAAAUUUUGCACCACCAUUACCUCCCUCACAACCCUGGUCACUGUCUGUUUCCCUAACCUUUGUCGACCUGAGGCUGAAUCCCGUCUUGUCCUCCUUUUCACUGUGUUCCGUCGGUGAUGUGUUGUCGUUGCCAUCACAGAGUGAAUUCCCUUUCUCUUGUGUCCGCCAAGGGGAGGCCGCCACCUUGCCGGCCCUCUCUACACUGGGUCUCGCUGUUGGUGCUUCUCUGAGUCUGCCAGGAAUUCAAUCCCCACUACCACCGUGUCUCCUCCUUGACACUUUCAGCAGCUCUUCCGUCGUCCAGGGCGCGAUUGUGUCCGCUGGAACUAUGAACAACGUGUCAGACUUCACUCAGCCUAGUAUCGAAAUAGUCUUCAAUUCCACAUGGCCGCUGUCAGAAGACUUCAUCCCCGCUCCGCAGCUUAUUGCCACACCAGCCCCAAAGGACCAUCCACCAAAUUCAAGACCACAAACUCCUGCACCUUACCCACAGCCUUCCGCACGAACCACACCACGCAGCCACGCCCCUAAGACGAGCCCUGUGAGAUGGAAUGAGGAUUCAGACGCAAAAAGAGGCUGUGCGUCGUCAGUCUCGGCUCGAAAAAUGUCACGGGGGACCAGCUAUCGGCCUAAGUGUUUCCUGAAGAGCGUCGUGGGCCUCCUGGCUGUUCUCGCCGCCGCCACCACUGCCUACGAGCUCAAGCCCACCACCACGGUAUCCAGGACAGUGCUGGCGGGGCGGACUGCGAGGCUACCAUGUGAACUGCCGAGGCCCCCAGACAGGCCCACACUCGUGCUAUGGUACAAGAAUCCAGACACCAAGCCGUUCUAUAGUCUGGACGCGAGAGAGAACGCCAUCGGCCGCGACAAAGUCCUGGAGGGUUCGGAACUGGGAAGAAGAUCGCGUUUCCGGCUCGAGACACUGCCCUACAGCUUCAAGGCACGCGUGGGGUUCUUGGAGGUGAAGUCCAUCACCCUGGAGGACGCCGGCAACUACACUUGUCGCGUUGACUUCCUCACCUCGCAGACCAUGAUGUCCCUGCUCAGGCUGACGGUCCACGAAGACAUCCAGCGCCUGACGGUGACCAACGCGUAUGACGUGCUGCUGGACAAGAAGGCGGGGCCCUACGAGCUCUCGGCGCGGGUCAUGCUCACCUGCCGGGCUUAUGGAGGCUUCCCUCCUGCCGUGGUGCGCUGGGUGUCUCAAGGGGAAGUGCUGGAGUCCUCCAUCACUCAGCCUGUCAGCACGCCCUCCGGCAGACACAUCGAGAACUCCGUGGGCGUCCUCCUGCACCUCCCGGGCCUUAAGCGAGAGGAUAACGGGAGGGAAGUCACCUGUCUGGCCUCCAACACCAACCUCACCAAGCCGCACGCCCGCACCCUCACCAUCGACAUGUACCUGCCGCCCCUAACGGUGAGUGUGGAGGGUGCCGACCAGCCGCUGCAGGUCGGCCUGGAGACAGCUCUGGUGUGCCGCACUACGGGAUCCAAGCCACCAGCCACCCUCACCUGGAACAUCACAGGCUCUGGCAACGCCCUCACCUCUCUCCCCCAGCAGUCGUCUCUCGAUGGCAACACGACGGUCAGGAGGGGUCGUCUUUCUCCCACCAUGGACGACAACGGGCAGACGCUCACCUGCACAGCUUCCAAUCCUCAGGUGUUCCACUUCACCCUCGUCGCCACCCACACCCUCACCGUCCUGUUUGGUCCCGUUGUGAAGGUUCUUCUGGCGCCUGCCCUCGAUCCCACCAACAUCCGCGAGGGCGAGGACGUGUACUUCGAGUGUCACAUCAAAGCCAACCCGCCGGAGACUCGCGUGGUGUGGCUGCAUGAGGGGGAGCCACUGCUCUCGGAUAGGAGCCGCGGCGUGCUGGCCCAAGGGAGGAACCUGGUGCUGCAAAGAGUGAGUCGCCAGGCUGCUGGGAAGUACCAAUGUCGCGUCACCAACACACUCGCUACGGUCACAAGCGAACCAGCCGCCCUCGACGUGUUGUACCCCCCGGAAUGCAGCGACGACCACGAGCAGGCGGUGUCAGUGGCGGCGACGGAGGAGGUGGAGCUCAGGUGUGUGCUGGAGGCCAACCCCGCACAGGUGGAGUUCAAGUGGAGCGUCAACACCAGCCAGGGGUGGAAGGAGCUGGAAGAGUCGUCUUACACUACCCGCGGCUCGGUAAGCACCCUCCGUCACCGCCCACAUGAGUUUGACUUCGAGGAGGACAGGUUCGGAGUGGUGGUGUGCCAGGGAAGCAACACCCUUGGUCACCUGGACAACCCUUGCGUCUUCACCGUCACUGCGGCAGGUCCCCCUGAGGAGCCCACCUCAUGCUCACUGGUGAAACAGAGCGCCACCUCCCUUGGGAUAUCCUGCCAUCCGGGCCAUGACGGAGGCCUCCCACAGACCUUCCUCGCUACUGUAAGGGACGCGGGGAGUCAUGAGGUCGUGGCUAAUGCGUCAUCCCCCUCCGCCUCCUUCACCGUCGGGGGUCUGGCGCCUGGGCGAGACUACCUGGUGCUGGUGCGAGCCGUCAACACACAGGGCAUCUCUCCUCCUUACCUCAUCCACGGUUUCGCGCUCAAGGUCGCCGAGAACAAGAUCAAUGACACGGGACUGGUGGAGUCCUCGUCCCUGCUGGUGGUGUUCGUGGGCGUGGUGAGCGGCUUCAUCCUGGUGCUGGUGGUUUUGGCUGCCGCGACGCGCUCCCGCUGCCGCCGCCGAGGCACGAGUCGGGACGCGGCCACCCCGGACAACAAACAUCGCGUGGAAGCCCUGUCCUCGCCGACUAGCACCGCCAGUCCCGCUGCACCACCUCCAGACACUGCCGACGAGGACGACAAGGACACUGUGAACCGUCUGGAAGAGGUGGAGCAGCCACAAAUGCCAUCAAGAAGCGUCUCCCACACUCUCCUCUCGCGUCCCACCUCAGCCCUCCAAGGCUCAGCCGCAACACCGGACCCAACUUCACUGCAGGAGUCCGCCCACCUCGCAUGCUCUACCCACCUCUCAGGACCCUCGCCCUCGAUACCCCUGCACUCUACGGAGGCCACCAGUCCUAGGGGGUCCACUUCACUCCGACCACAGUCCCAGCCGCUCCUCUCCACUGACCUGCCUCGGGUCCCCGGCUCCUCCACUCACAAGUAUUACACCCUCAAGAUAAACACCACUAGACAGAGCAAUGAGAGCUUCGUCUAAUGUUUUGCCUUAUUUUCUUACCUCCAU